GCGCGUCCCGCCUUCCACGUCGACGUCGCGUCCGCCACUCAUGAUUCCGUGGCUUUUGCUUGCGCUCCCUGCAUCCGCGCUCGCUGGUCUCGAGAAGACAUACGGAGUCCUUCCUUCUCUCCUUGCUCGCUAUGAAUCGCCCGGUUUGGGCUCCGCGCCGUGGACUUGCCUUGAUGGCUCGAAGACGAUAACAUGGGCGGCCGUGAACGAUGACUACUGCCAUUGUCCGGACGGGAGCGACGAGCCCGGUACCGGUGCAUGUCCAGACACUGUAUUCUACUGCAAAAAUGAGGGCCAUAUUGGUUCAGUUAUACCCAGUUCACGAGUAAGAGACGGACUGUGCGAGCCGGAAUGCUGCGAUGGUUCGGAUGAACGACCUGGCGUAUGUCCUAACACCUGCAAGGAAGUCGGUGAAGCUUGGCGGAAGCAACAAGCAGCGGAACGUAAAGUUCGUAAGACGGGCUCAAAGAUUCGUUCAUUGUAUGUAGCGUAUGCCAAGAAAGAGAAGAAGCGACUUGAAGGGGAGAUUGCAUCCGCCGAACAACAGAUUGCUGUUCGUGAGGAAGAGGUCGCGAGGUUGAAGGACCUGCUAGAUCGGUCAGAAUCGCUUUCUGCUGCUGCUCUCGAGCACAAGAAGGAAUCUCCAUUGUACAUAUCGCUUAUGGAACAUGUCCGCGCACUGAAAUCUCUACAACGGGAACAUAAGAAGCAUAUCGAGCGUGAGAAGGCCCUCGGAGACAUUCUCGAUGCCUUACGGGUGGGAUAUAAUCCCAACUACCAAGACAUGGCAGUUUUGGAAGCGGUUCGCGGCUGGGAAGCUCUCGCAGGGCUCCCUCACAUCAAUGACGUGCGGAAAGAGGACGGGACGACUGACGGACAAAGCCAAGUCGUAUCAGAGCAGCAGAUGGACGAGGUUGAAGAGGGGAUGUGGACUGCAGAGCGGCUUGAUAAGGAGUUGGAUAGCCUGCUCAAGACUGAUUACGAGAGUCUGUUGCUCGAGCACGAGAAGCAUAUCGGCACGUCGUCUCAUUCCGUUCUGUAUAAUCUUUCUGCAUAUAUCCCCGAUGCCAUCCUCCCUCAGUACGAAGCUGUCAGGAACACGCUGGUAUCGUGGCUCGAGCUGAUUGGAAUCGCUCGUGGCAUUACAACAUCUGGUGAAGCGCCAGAAACCUCCAAGGCGCGAAAAACGUUCAAUGAUGCGGAACGUGACUUGAAGUCUGCUCAGAAGGAUCUGGACAAGACCAAAGAAGAACUGGCUCACCUGUUCGAUCCGCAAUGGUUCGGCCGUGAAGGCGAGUGGAAAAAGUUGAAAGGCAUGUGCCUGGACAAAGAAUUUGGAGAUUACACUUACGAGCUAUGUCUUUUUGAGAAUGCGAAACAGAAACCGAACAAGGGUGGCGCUUCGCAGAACCUUGGCAAAUUCUCCUCCUGGAACGAUGCCCCGGGAGUCACGCCAGGCUCGCCUGAGUACUACAGCAAGCAAAAGUACACGGGCGGCUCGAAGUGCUGGAACGGACCGAACCGUAGCGUAACGGUAUUGCUGAGCUGUGGGACGGAGAACGAGAUCCUCUCGGUGGCGGAGCCGGAAAAGUGCGAGUACCAGUUGACGAUGACGACCCCGGCGCUUUGCCUGCCUCUGGAGGCGUCGGAGGAGACUAGGAUUGGGGAUGAGCUGUAACCAUUCUGAUACGACGCUGUUAUAUUUAUCUGGAUUCUGGAUUUUGGACAUCUGUUUGCCGAGUCAGCUGUUUGGUGCAAGAGACAAGCAUCGAAACUACGACGUUCGUAUUUUGGUCUCUCCCGCAGGUUUACCUUUUAUGUUGUGUGUAUUUGUGAGGGGCUUUGGCUGCUUAUGCCCUUAGCAUACU